CAAUAACACGACGGAGGAAUAAAAAACUGAAACAGGAGAUAUAUAUAUAUUAAUAAAGAGCCCGUCGACGGCGCUGCUUUCUCUCCGACCGAGCCUCUUCCCGAACUACUCACGGUUUUCUGUGCUCCCACCUCUGGAUAGUGUUUCCUCAACAUCCUCUCCUCUGCAUUUGGCCCGGAUCAAUGGUGUCUCUCAGCAGCAGACCGCUGAGCUUGGAGAAUGCCCUGUUCAGGGACAGCAGCAGCAGCCCGUUCUCCCUCGGCCUGGGAGACGGAGCCCGCAGCGAGGGGGGCAGCUCGGCCUCCUGCGACAGCCCCGAGGCCGUGGAGCUGGGGGCUUUGCACAGCUUCAGCCCCGGAGAGGAGGAAGACGAAGAGGAGGAGGACGACGACGACGAGGGGGCGAGCCUGCAUAUCUUUCUGGGGGCGGAGGGAGAGGAUGAACCAGUGACCCAGGAGCCUAAGCUUCCGGACUUCCCUUUCCAACCCUCUUCCCCGUUCUCCCCAACCCUGGAGGACAUAGAGGAGUUCUUGAGGGAAAAGAUGGAACUGGUCAAAGAGGGGCUACUGGUCCCAAAAGAGGAGGGCUCCCCUCUACCAUGCAGUGGCUCCCCAUCCUCUACUGCACCCCCGGCUGCUUCCUCAGACACUUGUAGUGACCCAGGGACCAGUGCCCCUCAUUGCACUUCAAACACUCCUCAGAACGAGCAAAAGAGCCCCAGCCCAGCUGACCUGUCCCCGUCUGCCCAAGCUAACUCCUCGCCUUCCACCUUAACCCCGCCAAUGCUCCUGGGCGGUCCGCUGGUGCUCCAGCUCCAGCCCCUACCUGUGGCUCAGCCUCCGACCCCAGCGGGCUCCCCACCCGGGGCCCAAAGUGGCAUUUGGCUAACUCAUCUGGUCAUGGGGCUCCAGGGUGCAACCGGACAAAAUCUCACCCUGCUGGCCCCGCAGGUGCCCUCCGGCCCCACCGCCUUGUUAUCACUACACAGCGGAGAUGCCAAGUUGGUCGACCAGAAGUACGUGAAGAUCGCCCCACUGCCCAUCACUAUGAGGACCCUAGAGAUCACAGGCGUGACCGGGAUCGGGGGCCAGGGCACCGGACUGUUGAAGGCCAUGGCCCCCCGGGUGACCAGACUGGCCCCUACGGAAAGGGUCCACAAGUGCUCCCACCCUGGCUGUGGGAAGAUGUACACCAAAAGCAGCCACCUGAAAGCUCACUUCCGACGGCAUACAGGAGAAAAACCCUACACAUGCAGCUGGCCCGAAUGCGGCUGGAGGUUCUCCAGAUCCGACGAGCUGUCCCGCCACCGCCGCUCCCACUCAGGCAUCAAGCCCUACGAGUGCUCACUGUGCGAGAAGAAGUUCGCCCGCAGCGACCACUUAUCCAAACACACGAAGGUCCACCGCAGCUCCCGGCCCAGCAGGAUUAUCAGAGCCACUGUGUGAAACCCCUUCAGCCGGCCUUGAAC